AUGAGUGCAACGAGAAAUUCUGCCGAUUUUACAGUCCAGACGCUAAAGGACAAAUUGAAGACCUUGGGACUAAGCACGACCGGGUGCAAAAACGAGUUGAUAAACCGGAUGACGGUGGCGGAUCCUGCGGGUGGUUGGCUUCGCGAAACGGACGUGGUGCAGAACAAUCUGUCGCAUGACGGAGAGAGAGAGGCAGACGUAUCUCGCGCCUCGGCCAUGAGGGAGAAAAACGCGUUUGUUGAGCUGAAGGCUGCCUUGGCGAAUAAGCCCGUCUUAAAAAUCUAUAAUGUAAAUGCGACCACCGAGCUCUAUACCGAUGCGUUUAAAUACGGAUACGGUGUUAUCUUAUUGCAAUAUGGCGGCGACAAUUUAUUACAUCCCGUGUAUUAUGCGAGCGGCCGUACCACUGCGGCAGAAGAAAAAUACAGUAAUUACGAGCUCAAGGUGCUUGCAAUUAUUAAAGCUUUGAAGAAGUUCCGCGUAUAUCUGAUAGGGAUAUGUUUUAAAAUAAUAACCGACUGUAAAGCGUUCAGUCUGACGAUGAGCAAGAAGGAUUUAUGCGUGCGCGUGACUAGAUGGGCGUUAUAA